AUGCAGCAGCUCCGCGAAGACCUGGCUGCUUUGAAGGAGGCUAAAGAGCGACAGGAGUCUAUGGAAAAGUCUCGACAGGCAUUGAAAAACCAAAAAGAGAAGAGCGCUGCGCCCACCCAAACGACAUCCGAGAUUGCACCUGAGAGCGCAUGUUACGAAUUGGAGCGCAUGAAACGAGACGAGCUUGCCAAAAACGCUGAGCUAGAUACGCUGAUGAGCAUGGUUGGCCUUGAGAGCGUGAAGAUAUCCUUUAUUGACAUCAAGUCUACCAUUGACACGGCUCUGAGACAAGGAGUCUCGACUGAGAAUGAGAGGAUUUACGCCAAAUUUCUCACAAGCUUGGGCGUCAUUGCAGGUAGCUGUUUCAAAGAAGUGACCGGUUCGAAACUUGCGAACAUGGGCGUCGCUGGAUGCCAGAAACUUCUCGACGAGGCGUUGGAUGCAGGCGGCGGUGUCAUCUUCAUUGACGAAGCUUACCAGCUUUCAUCAGGGAACAGCCCGGGUGGAUUGGCUGUCCUGGACUUUCUUCUUGCCGAGGUCGAAAAUUUGCAAUCUAAAGUCUGCUUUGUCCUCGCAGGAUAUAACAAGCAAAUGGAGUCCUUUUUUGCCCACAAUCCUGGCAUCCCGAGCCGUUUUCCUCUCGAGAUGAAGUUUGACGACUACACGGAUGAUGAACUGCUGCAGAUCCUCGAGCUCAAGAUUAAUUCCAAAUACGACCAUCGCAUGAAAGCAGAAGAUGGGCUGCGAGGCUUGUAUUGCCGCAUCGUCGCUCGACGGCUUGGUCGCGGGCGCGACAAGGACGGGUUUGGAAAUGCGCGUGCGGUAAAGAACUUGCUUGGCACCGUGUACCGCCGACAAAGUGACAGACUACGACGCCAACGUCGAGAGGGCCCUCGGCCAGAUGAUCUACUUCUUACCAAAGAUGAUCUUCUGGGCCCUGAACCGUCGAAUGCCCUCUUGAAAUCUGAAGCCUGGGCCAAGCUGCAGGACCUGAUCGGCCUCAAUUCUGUCAAGGAGUCUAUCAAGUCACUCGUUGACAGCGCCAAGACCAAUUACCAACGAAAAACCACAGUUGCCAAACUCUAUGGACAGGUUCUCGUUGACAUUGGUCUGUUGUCAAUGGGUGAGGUAGUCGUCAAAAACCCAUCAGACUUUGUCGGAGCUGUGCUGGGAGAGUCUGAAAAGCUUACGAAUGGUAUUCUUGCCUCCACUGUGGGCAAAGUACUCGUCAUUGACGAGGCAUAUGGACUAUGCGACGGCGGUGCAUCUCAAGGAGGCAGCUCUUCAAACCCUUUCAAGUCUGCCGUCGUUGACGCCAUUGUAGCCACUGUCCACAGCACCGUUGGCGAUGACCGAUGCGUCCUGCUCCUAGGCUACCGGGACCAGAUGGAAGAAAUGCUCCAGAAUUCAGAGCUGGGUAGCAUACUCGACCUGAAGCUCAAGAAUCAGGGCUUCCGAAUAACGCCAAAGGCGAAACAAGUUGUGCUCGAAAUGCUGGAUCGAGCACGCAACCGUCCAAAUUUUGGCAACGCUGGCGAAGUCGAUCUUCUUCUGAAUGAGGCAAAAAGCCGACAUCAAAAGCGCCUGACUGCUGGCAAGACCGCUCGCACCUCCACACUCAAAGCAUUGGACUUUGACGAGAAUUACGAGAGACAUGAGAGGGCAGAAACAAAUGUCGAGCAGCUCUUCAGCGACACCAUAGGGUGCGAGCGUCUAGUUGCCAUUCUACAAGGAUACCAGGAGACGGCUCGAAUGACGAGAAUGCUCGGUUUGGAUCCAAAGGAGCAGAUUCCCUUUACCUUUCUCUUCCGUGGACCGCCUGGGACGGGAAAAUCGACCACAGCGCGAAAGAUGGGCAAAGUGUUCUACGACGCCGGAUUUCUUAGCGAAGCCAUCGUCCAUGACUGCUCCGCCUCAGAUCUUGUCGGGCAAUACGUCGGCCAGACAGGUCCAAAGGUGAGGCAGCUGCUUGACAAGGCACUCGGGGCGGUGCUGCUCAUCGACGAGGCGUACAGGCUGCGCGAGGGCCAUUUUGCAAAGGAAGCGCUAGAUGAGCUCGUCGACGCCAUCACGAAAGAGAGAUACCACAAACGUCUCAUCAUGAUCCUGGCCGGAUAUGAGCAUGAUAUCAAUGGGCUCUUGGCCGUCAACCCAGGCCUCACGAAUCGCUUUCCAGAAGUUAUUGACUUUCGCGGCCUGAAUUCGAUAGAAUGCUUCGAUUGGCUAGCGAAGAAGCUAAUCAAGAAAAAGGCAGACUUGGAAGCCAAUGGCAGCGCCCACAUGCAUGUUGACUGCCUAGAGCAACCGGCCGCCGAGUUUCGGGCAGAUGUGUAUGCGCUGUUUGAGUGCUUGUCUUCCCAAGCGAGUUGGGGAAAUGCAAGAGACGUCGAGACACUAGCAAAUGCAAUGUUCCAAGCGGCUAUGAAAGCCACCUCGAAGCUGGAAAAGGUCAUGUUGACUGUAUCAGAGACCAUUGUGAGGGCAGAACUGGAAAAGAUGGCCAAUGAGCGACAAAGUCGCUCAAGCGUGCCUGCCGAGAAGUCCACUGGGGGAAUGGCGGACGCCUUUUCGCAACUGUAUCCGGCUGCCGAGCACAGACUGCCGCCGCAAUUAUCUCCAGAUCCUGCCCGAGCGAGUUUUACUGCGCGGCAGAGCAAGCUGGCUCCGAGCCAGGAGAUCACCGACGAAUCUGUCCCCAGUGAGCCCGAGGGCCCCGUGGAACUGGCUAGUACAGACGGAAAUCAUGGCCGUGUCGCUAUUCGCGAUAUGGAUGCCAGCGAUGAGAUCUGGGAGCAGCUGCAGCUCGACGCGCAAGCCGAGCAGCAGCGCGAGGUCGAGUAUCAAGCGAAGCUGCGAGCGAAGAAUGAAGCGGCCGAUGAGGCGCUACGGGAGCGCAUCGUAAAAGAGCUAAUCGAGGAGGAAGAGAGGCGCCAAAAGGAGGCCGAGAUGAAGAAAAAGUUAGAAAUGGAGGGCCGCUGUCCUGUGGGAUAUCACUGGAUCCGCCAGGAGGGCGGCUGGCGUUGUGCUGGAGGAUCCCAUUUUGUGUCUGAGAUGGAACUGAAGAAUUGA